AACUGAAUGUGUGCGCAUUCCAAGCUGACAAUUGUCAAUAGUGUCAACUGUCAUAGUGUGGUAUCUUGUUAUUUGUUUUGCUUUCCUAAAAAAUUUAUUCUCCAUUUCCCAACAUUUUUCACAAUGAACAAUCAAAUAAAAGAAGAAAAAAUGGAUAUAGAAACUCAGAAUAGCCCAGUCACCCUUGGCCAGCCUCUGAGUGACUUUUUACAUCAGCUAGAAGACUACAACCCAACAAUUCCAGACGCUGUAACCGCUUAUUAUUUAAGAUCCUCUGGCUUCGAACCCAAAGAUCCAAGACUAUUGAGACUCAUUUCCAUUGCUGCUCAAAAAUUUAUAUCUGAUAUUGGGAAUGAUGCCUUGCAACAUUGUAAGAUGAGGUCUUCCAAUGCCGGAACAAGUGGAGCCAACUCAAAGGCUGCCAAAGGUAUUAAAGACAAAAAAUAUUGUCUGACCAUGGAGGAUCUUACACCUGCACUUGCAGAAUUUGGUAUAGUGAUUAAAAAACCACACUAUUAUGUUUAAGUUGCAAUAUUUUGUUAAAUUGAUCUAUAAUAAUUAUUAAUGUAUUGUGUAUAAUAAAUUUUUGAAAAAAAAAAACUAUUUUUGCAUUUUUGCAAAAUUUAUUACUUUUAAAUAUCACAUUUUUGCCUAGUAGUGGUAAAAACACCAAGGAUGUUUUUGGAAUUAUCUAAUAAAUAAAUAAGGUAACUGAAGUUGUUCAUUUUAAAUCACUGAGCUAAUAAAUUAUACUAAAUUAGGUCAUGGUGAGCAAUUAUUUUGGCACUAAUCUUAAUCUAAGUAUGGCAGAAUAUAAUUGUCUACUAUGGAUGUAUUCAAAUGCCAGUCAAAGUGAUUAACACCAGGCACUGAAACAAUUUUCAAUUUCUUUUUUUGGUACAGCGUUUUAAGGCCAAUUCUGUCAUUAAUGAAUAUAUCUCUUUCCAUUAGGUUUAUGACUGUUCCAUUAGAAUCAUAGUAUCCAAAUUGGCUUAAAACAAAAAAAUAUUAGCACCCAAAUCUUAUAAAAUAGCAUAAAUUGUUACCUUGAUUCCCAAGGUGUGAUAACAUUAUCAUCAGGCCCGCCUAUAAGCACCAUUUUUUUCAAUUUAGUCAAUGCCUCUUUAAAUUGCUGGCUAUUAUUGGUAGGCAACUCAUUAUUCACAUAGGGCAAAUAUUGUGAAUAUUCAAUAAACAGUUUCUCGUGAUAAGGAUCGUUCCAGUAAUUGCCUACAGAGGUAUGCUGUCCCACUCUAGAAUAAAACAGUUCAUAUGCCGUCUCUAAAGCUACCCCAGGGAAAAAUAGAUGCAAAAACUGGGCUAAAAAAAUUCAUGUGCACAAUUUUUGAAGAUAAAUUGAUUGGAUGUUGGCAUUGAAGUUUACUUA